AUUGACGGCCAUCCACCCGCUCAUGCCCUCAUGAAUUCAAGGUCUAGGGCGGAACAAGUACAACAACGACGUGUGGGAUCAUUUUGUGGGUGCCAAUUCUAGAGAUCAACUCCAAGCCAGAGCCAACAUGGAACAUCUUCAAGUCAGUGUGAAGUGGGGUUUCAAUUGACAAAAUUCGAACAGGCUUGACAUUGGAAGCGACUCCCGUGACGCUUCGCCAUGGGUCGAAUUACAUUACCUCGACGAAAUCCCAACCGGACUCGACCGAAUCUGAGCCACUCAAGGCUGGUUUUAGCAUGUAGUUUUCUUCCAUUAGUAGCUGGAUUAGCCUUUACCCUAAUUGCCAGCUGUGUGUCAGCCUCAUUCUUGAGUGACGACAGGAUCCACAGUCUGAGUAGUAUCAAUGGAACCUUUCCCAAUUGGCCAGUCAAGCGUGUGGCCGAAAUUCCCGGCGACCUCGUCAUUGGCGGCCUUCAUAUGGUCCACGAGCGUCAAGACAAGCUCAUAUGUGGCCCAGUCAUGCCUCAAGGAGGGCUCCAAGCUGCUGAGGUCAUGCUUUACACCGUGGAUAAAGUCAACGAGCUUCAAGUGAUGCCAUUCAAUGUCACUCUUGGCGCUCAUAUUCUCGACGAUUGUGAUAGAGACACGUACGGUCUCCAGCAAGCCGUGGAUUUCAUCAAAGGGUCCAUUACAAAUAUUGACGACGAGCAAUACAAAUGCAAAGAUGGUUCGCUCCCAGAAGUUCGCCAACAAGUGAUCUCAGGUGUUGUGGCAGCAGCCUCGAGUGUCACAUCCAUUCAGGUGGCAAACUUAUUGCGAUUGUUCAAAAUUCCACAGAUUUCAUUCUUUUCCACCAGUCCUGAGCUCUCGAACAAGCAACGCUUUGAGUAUUUCUCGAGGACGAUCCCAAGUGACCACUACCAGACCUUGGCCAUGGCAAAAAUUGUGUCCCAUCUGCACUGGACCUACAUAUCAAUCAUUUACGAAGAAUCCAACUAUGGUAUCAAGGCCUUUGAGGAGCUGGAGCGUCUACUCAGAGAGAGAAAUAUCUGUGUAGCAGUCAAAGCGAAGUUGACCAAGGAUUCUGGAGUGGCCGGAGCCGGGGCUUAUGACCAUAUUGUGGACAAGUUAAGAGCUAAACCCAAAGCUAGAGGAGUGAUUGUGUUUGGCUCCGACCAAGAAGUAGCUGAACUGAUGAAGGCCGUGAAACGCAAAAACUCCACUGGUCUUUUCUCAUGGAUAGGAUCCGACGGAUGGAGUGCCAGGACCCUCGUCUCUGAAGGACAAGAAGCAGAAGUGGAAGGCACAUUGUCCAUCCAGCCCCAAGCAAAUCCUGUGGCUGGAUUCAAAGAAUACUUUCUCUCUCUGACGGUUGAGAACAACAAAAGAAAUCCCUGGUUCGUGGAGUUCUGGGAAGAUCAUUUCCAUUGUCGGCAUCCGGAGGGUCUACCCACUCCCUACAACACGAAUUACACGAGAGCAUGCACGGGUCGAGAAAGGCUUACCGAUGAGAAUACUCAGUUUGAGGCCCAAUUGCAAUUCGUCAGUGACGCGGUAAUGGCCUUCGCUCAUGCUUUUAGGGAUAUGCACCAGGUGGAAUGUGGUCUCAAUCAUCCCGGAUUAUGUAGCCAAAUGAAUCCGAUCAACGGUGAAAAACUCUUGAAAUACCUGAGACAGGUUCGGUUCACUGGUCUGAGUGGCGACAAAUUCAAAUUCAACGAUCGUGGCGAUGGACCUGCUCGCUACAACAUUAUUCAUUACAAGCAAGUCUUGCCGGGUCAUUUCGAAUGGGUCAAUGUCGGGUUCUUCCAUGACGACGAGUUCCAACUGAAUAUGACAGAUGUCCAAUUUCAAAUCGGCCACCCAAAACCACCAGAAUCCGAGUGUAGUAAGCCAUGUGCACGUGGUCUAAUGAAGAAGUAUGUGGAAGGUGAAAGUUGUUGCUGGUCUUGCCACAGUUGCGGUCAGUAUGAGCAACUCGAUCCUCUGGACGAAACCAGAUGUCGUGUGUGUCCUUUGGGUACCCUGCCCAGUCCGGAUCACCUUCUCUGUGCACCACUCCCCGAGGAACACAUUGCGCCCGAUUCGAGUUUUGCCAUUGUGGCCAUCUCGUUCGCGCUCACGGGCAUGCUGUUCACAUUAGCCGUUCUCGUGGUGUUUCUAAAGAACAUAGACACACCGGUGGUUCGAGCCUCGGGACGGGAGUUGUCUUUUGUGAUCUUGGGUGGAACCCUUAUGUGUUACAUGGUGACCUUCUUACUCAUCAUCCGACCCACCCUCCUAGUUUGUUCCAUUCAGCAGUUCAGCAUUGGAUUGAGCUUCUCGAUAGUGUAUGGUGCUCUGCUGACCAAGACCAACAGAAUUGCAAGGAUUUUCAACGCUUCCAAUCGAACGGCCAAACGACCGAGCUUUAUCUCCCCAAAGUCCCAGCUGACUUUUACCUUCGGGCUGACUUGCGUUCAAGUGCUGAUCAAUGUUCUGUGGUUUUUGGCUGAUCCUCCUCAAGCCAUUUAUCAUCAUCCAACCCGAGAGGAUAACCUCAUUGUUUGCAAAGCCUCAACGGAUGCUUCUUAUAUGAUCGCAUUUUCCUAUCCAAUUUUUCUGGUCAUCAUUUGCACCAUCUACGCUGUUCUGACGCGAAAGAUCCCGGAGGCAUUCAACGAGUCAAAAUUCAUUGGUUUCUCCAUGUAUACCACAUGUGUCAUCUGGCUGGCUUUCAUUCCCAUCUACUUCAGCACGGGCAGUCAAGUGGAACUUAGGAUCACCUCGAUGUCUGGAACCAUUAGUUUAUCCGCCACGGUCACCACAAUUUGCCUCUUCAUACCCAAGCUGUACAUCAUAAUCCUUCAUCCAGAAAAGAAUGUGCGACAGAGCAUGAUGAAGACUACCAAAUACCAAUCGGUGAGGACCAGUCAGAACAGCCAUCGCCCUCCGGGAGCUGCAAAUCAAGGCAACUCCCUGGACGUCCAAUGGGUGCCUCAAACCACGUCUAAGAUUGGCAAGAACCUUCUGUUCUCAACCAUGAAUAAUAACCAGGGAGCAACCACCAACGGACAAGUCGUGGUCACAACAGAAAAUGGAAGUGAACUACAAGGUGGUGGGUCCGUUGACAGUCUCGCCAUGGCUAAUGUGAAGCCCUUUCCUCCACAACUGGCUUCAAUGGCUUCCAUUCCAAUUGCCAUAGCUUCCUCGUCCAUGGGACCGAGCCAACUUCCUGCCUUUACUCAAACCACGCCCACCGCCGAUGAGCCGGUCUCCGCCCCUAAAUCGGUCAUUUCUGCUUCCACUCAGACUGUGAACAAUGUGGUCAUGCCUCUUCCCACUUUAUCAUUGACGCAAGAGGUCCCAGAUGUCUUGAUAUGACUUGUUGCACCAAAGAAAAGCAACAUUGGUCUUUACCAAACGACAGUGUGAUAUUUAUAUACCAUUAUUAUUAUCUUCAAUAUGAAAAUAUGCCAAAACCCAUCAAAAUAGAAACAAUAAAUGAG